AUGAGUAUCCGUAAUGAUAAUACAUCCGGUGACUAUAUGGUGCCAGACCAGUCUUCGAACAAUUAUGUGCACAAAAGAGACUUAAGAGUCGAGGAAGAAAUGAAGCCAUUGGAUGACAUGAAUGGAAAGGGAGUUGUGGCCGGGGAUGGUGAAGUACAUCUAAGGAAGUCGUUCUCUCUAUGGUCCAUCCUUGGUGUCGGGUUUGGGUUGACUAAUUCAUGGUUCGGUAUUUCUACGUCAAUGGUCGCGGGCAUAUCUUCUGGUGGGCCCAUGAUGAUUGUUUACGGUAUAAUUAUUGUUGCACUGAUAUCUAUUUGUAUUGGUACUUCUCUGGGGGAACUAUCGUCUGCGUAUCCUCACGCCGGCGGUCAGUUUUGGUGGUCCUUGAAGCUAGCCCCUCCUAAGUAUAAAAGAUUUGCAGCCUUCAUGUGUGGUUCCUUUGCCUAUGCUGGGUCUGUGUUCACGAGUGCGUCAACUACGUUGGCUGUUGCUACCGAAGUUGUUGGUAUGUAUGCGUUGAUGCACUCUGAAUUUACUCCCAAAAGAUGGCAUAUAUUCGUUUGUUUUGAAUUGUUGCAUUUGUUUCUGAUGUUUUUUAACUGUUAUGGUAAGUCCUUACCCAUUAUUUCAUCUUCAUCCCUUUACAUAUCACUUUUAUCCUUUUUCACAAUCACAAUAACUGUCUUAGCAUGUUCCCACGGGAAGUUCAACGAUAGUAAGUUCGUUUUUGCUACAUUUUAUAACGAAACUGGUUGGAAAAAUGGUGGUAUUGCCUUCAUUGUUGGUCUGAUUAACCCAGCUUGGUCGUUUUCGUGUCUUGACUGUGCUACUCAUAUGGCUUUUGAGGUUGAAAAACCGGAAAGAGUUAUUCCUAUUGCUAUUAUGGGCACUAUUGCCAUCGGCUUCGUCACUUCCUUCUGUUAUGUCAUUGCAAUGUUUUUCUCCAUCAAAGAUCUGGACGGUAUCUUGUCAUCCACUACAGGUGCCCCAAUCUUGGACAUUUACAAUCAAGCCUUGGGUAAUAAAUCUGGUGCGAUUUUCCUUGGUUGCUUGAUUUUAUUUACUUCCUUCGGUUGUGUCAUUGCCUGUCACACUUGGCAAGCAAGAUUAUGUUGGUCGUUUUCCAGGGACAACGGCCUGCCAUUAUCACGUUUAUGGUCGCAAGUUAACCCACACACUGGUGUACCUUUAAACGCUCAUUUAAUGUCGUGCGCAUGGAUAUCACUUAUUGGUCUACUUUACUUGGCUUCUAGUACAGCUUUUCAGUCUCUAAUUACUGGUUGUAUUGCGUUUUUAUUGUUAUCUUACAUCAUUCCGGUUGUAUGUUUACUCAAUAAAAAGCGUGACAUAGCACAUGGACCAUUCUGGCUUGGUAAAUUUGGAUUUUUCUCAAAUAUUGUUCUUUUGGGUUGGACUCUCUUCGCUGUGGUAUUUUUUUCCUUCCCACCAGUUUUACCUGUAACAAAAGAUAAUAUGAAUUACGUUUGUGUUGUUAUUGUUGGUUAUACUGCGUAUUCGAUUUUGUACUGGAAAUAUAAAGGUAAGAAGGAAUUUCACGCCGUAGAAGAAUCCGAGAUUGAUCAGACAGACUUUGCUAAUCAUUUUGAUACUAUUGAAGAUAGUCGAGAAUUUUCUCUUGCAGCCUCUGAUAUUGAAGUAGAAAACGAACACGUUCCGUGGGGUAAGAAGUAG